AUGUCUAUCUCCAGAACACUCACUAUUCCUGCUAAUCCCUCUACAUCCAGAGGGAUCCCGGUUCAUCUUACAUAUGAUGCCAAAUCUGACAGAAUUGCUUAUGCUAGUGGUAAAUGUAUUUACCUUAGAUCUGUUAAAGAGCCUUCCUCUUGUAUUCAAUACCCAGGUCACAAUUACACCACUACGGUGGCAACAUUUGCUCCCUCCGGAUUCUACGUGGCCUCUGGUGAUGAGAGUGGUAAUGUGAGAGUUUGGGAUUGUGCUUCUGAUGAUCUGAUUCUCAAAGGAGAGUAUCAGAUCUUGAGUGGGCGUAUCAAUGACAUUGCAUGGGACGCAGAUUCCAAGAGAAUUGUGGCUGUUGGUGAUGGCAAGGAGCGAUAUGGCCAUUGUUUCACUUAUGACUCUGGUAACACCGUGGGAGAGAUAUCUGGUCAUACGGCACAGGUCAAUGCCGUGGCAAUUCGUCCCUGUAGACCUUACAAGGCUGCCACCGUGUCUGAUGAUGGUGGCUUGGUGUUUUUACAGGGUCCUCCCUUUAAGUUCUCGCUUUCUGUUCGUGACAGACACAAGAAUUUUGUUCGAGAUGUCAAGUUUAGUGGUGAUGGUGAAUAUAUUGUCAGUGUCUCUGCUGAUAGAUCCAUUGUUUUAUACGAUGGAAAGACCUGUGAGUUUAAGAGAGUCUUUGAAAAUGCUCACGACGGUGGCAUAUUUGGAGUCGAUUGGUAUGACAAUAAGUCUUUUGUUACUUGUUCUUCUGAUGCCACUGUGAAGCGGUGGUCUGUCGAUGGAGAGCUUGUCAAUACAUGGAAAGUGGGUCAAAAAUUGGUUGAGAACCAGAUCCUUGGAGUUACCAGAACCAAGGAUUAUGUAAUUGCAUUAGCACUUUCUGGUGACCUCUACUACUUUGAUGAGACUCAUGAAGACGCUGUCAAUGUGGUCUAUGGACAUCAGAAGUCUAUUACUGCCUUGGCUGUUACUGCAGACAAAAGCUUAUACACUGGUAGCUACGACGGUAGAAUCAUCUCGUGGGAUCUGGACACCAAAAAGGGUAGUGUUAUCAAGGGGGACCCUCAUACCAAUUUAGUUGCCGGCAUUAAAUCAUUAGGAUCGAGCACAGAAUUGGUUUCUAUUGGUUGGGACGACAAGAUAAAGAAAAUUAAGGCUGGAGAGGCUGUCACCAUCAAAUCGUUAGACGAACAGCCGAUUCAGGUAGCCAGUUAUGGCGACGAGUUUGCAGUGAUCACGGAGAGCUGUGUUAAUAUCUUCAAUACUCAGGGAGAUUUAAUUAAAGGCAGUAAAUUGGACUAUGUUCCAAGCUGUGUGGAGGUUUCCGAGCACUAUCUCAUUCUUGCGGAUUCUCGUACGUUCCGAAUUCAUGUUUACACCAAAGAAUUGGAGCCAAAGAAUGAAAAAUCGUUCCCCAUCAUGAGGGCCAAGCCUUCAUUCGCUCGAAUCUCUGCCAAUGAGAAAUACUUGGCCGUGGGAGAUUCAACCGGUAGGAUUGUCUGUUACGAUUUGGAAGCUGGAUCGUUGGUGACAUCCAGAUGGUCAUUCCAUACUUCAAGGGUAAAUUCUAUCUCGUGGAAUAAGGAUUGCGAUCACGUUAUAGCUGGUUCUUUGGACACGGACUUGAUUAUCUAUUCCGUGGAGAAGCCCGCAAGAAAUAUCAAGCUUCACAACACACAUAAGGAAGGUGUUAGUAGUGUUGAAUGGAUCAACGAAACGGAGGCAGUCAGCGUUGGAGCGGAUGCAUGUGUGAAAUUCUGGAAAGUUGAAUACUAA